UUCAACCUUUCCUUCUUUUAUCCUCUCUGACAGUCGCAGCUGUUAAGCGACUGGACACUGUCUCUCUUUCUUCACCAUUUCCAUUCCCAUUAAUUCCAGUACCUUCCACACACGCACCAAAUCUAUCUAAGCCUAAGCCAUGGCCUCCUCCGAGGCCCAGUUCUGGUUCGUAGCUUUAACACUUGUUCUGCCAUGUCUAUCCGUAACCGCCAAACAGACGUACAUAGUUCAGAUGAAACACCAUUCCAAACCCUCCUCAUUCGCCACCCACAGUGACUGGUACUCAGCCAACCUCCAAGCUCUCUCCUCUGACUCUGACUCUGACGCCCUCCUUUACACCUACGACGCCGCCUACCACGGCUUCGCCGCUUCUCUAGAUCCCGAACAGGCCGACACUCUGCGGCAGUCGGAAUCUGUAAUCGGGGUAUUCGAGGAUACUUUAUACAACCUCCACACCACACGAACACCCGAGUUUCUGGGCCUGGAAACCGCUAACGGGCUCUGGGCCGGACACUCGCUCCAGGACCUGAACCAGGCCUCCAAUGACGUCAUCGUCGGAGUGCUGGACACCGGAGUCUGGCCGGAGUCCAAGAGCUUCAACGAUGCGGGAAUGCCAGAGAUCCCGUCCAGGUGGCGGGGACAGUGCGAGUCGGGAGCCGAUUUCAGCCCCUCUCUCUGCAACAAGAAGCUGAUCGGAGCCCGGAGCUUUUCUAAAGGCUACCGCAUGGCCUCCGGCGGAAGCUACAUGAAGAAACCGAAAGAGGCCGAGUCGCCGAGGGACCAAGACGGCCACGGGACCCACACGUCCAGCACCGCCGCCGGGUCGCUGGUGGCGAACGCCAGCCUGCUGGGUUACGCGAGCGGGACGGCGCGUGGGAUGGCGCCUCACGCGCGGGUUGCCACCUACAAGGUCUGCUGGACCACGGGUUGCUUCGGGUCCGAUAUCCUCGCGGGUAUGGAUCGGGCGAUCCUCGACGGAGUUGAUGUGCUGUCGCUCUCUUUGGGCGGCGGGUCCGCCCCGUACUUUAGGGACACAAUCGCAAUAGGAGCUUUCACCGCCAUGGAGAGGGGCAUUUUCGUCUCUUGCUCGGCCGGAAAUAGCGGGCCAAGUAGGGCCUCAUUGGCCAACACAGCCCCGUGGAUCAUGACGGUUGGAGCCGGAACCUUGGACCGGGACUUCCCGGCUUUCGCUUUGCUCGGAAACCAAAAACGGUUCACCGGCGUGUCACUUUACAGCGGCACCGGAAUGGGGUCAAAACCGGUGGGGUUGGUUUACAACAAGGGGACUAACGGCUCCAGCAAUCUGUGCUUGCCCGGUUCGCUCCAACCGGAGUCGGUACGUGGGAAAGUGGUGAUUUGCGACAGGGGAGUUAACGCACGUGUGGAGAAGGGUGGAGUUGUACGCGCCGCGGGUGGGGUUGGGAUGAUACUCGCCAACACCGCCGCGAGCGGAGAGGAAAUGGUGGCGGACAGUCACUUGUUACCGGCUGUUGCGGUUGGGAGGAAAGUGGGUGACUUGAUAAGGCAGUAUGCACAGUCAGAUCCGAAUCCGACGGCGGUGAUUAGCUUUGGUGGGACGGUGCUGAAUGUCCGGCCGUCGCCGGUUGUGGCGGCGUUUAGCUCUCGUGGGCCAAAUUUGGUUACUCCCCAGAUCUUGAAGCCCGAUGUGAUUGGUCCAGGGGUUAACAUCUUGGCUGCAUGGUCAGAGGCUAUUGGGCCCACUGGGCUUGCGGAGGACUCUAGGAAGAGUCAGUUCAACAUCAUGUCAGGUACAUCUAUGUCAUGCCCACACAUAAGUGGGCUUGCAGCAUUGCUCAAAGCGGCCCAUCCCAAUUGGAGCCCAAGUGCAAUUAAAUCCGCUCUCAUGACUACAGCGUACACACAUGACAACACCAUGUCUCCUCUCCGUGAUGCUGCCGGUGGCACAUUUUCGAAUCCGUGGGCACAUGGUUCUGGCCAUGUCGAUCCCUCGAAAGCCGUCACGCCGGGUCUUGUAUACGACAUUUCGAGCGAUGACUAUGUUGCAUUUUUGUGCUCGCUGGACUACACCAUCGAUCAUGUCCAAACCAUUGCUAAGAGAAACGUUACAUGCGCAAGAAAGUACUCUGAUCCUGGACAACUCAACUACCCUUCAUUCUCAGUUGUGUUUGGGAACAAGAGGGUUGUGAGAUACAGUCGAGAAUUGACAAAUGUAGGGACUGCAGGUUCUUUAUACAAGGUCAUAGUGAGCGGACCACCCGGAGUGAAGACUAUUGUUAAACCCUCAAGGCUUUUCUUUGCAACUGUAGGGGAGAAGAAGAAGUACACAGUCACCUUUGUGUCUGCCAAGGGCGGCAGUAGAACAUCAAGGUCAGAAUUUGGUUCGAUCAUGUGGGCAAACCCCCUACACCUCGUUAAGAGCCCAGUUGCUUUUGCAUGGACGCUGUUGUGAAGUUGAGAUGCGGUUCUUGUUCUUGUGUUUUUCUGGAGCUAGUUUGGCCAACAAAGAGAACAGAAACUUGGACAGUAACAAAAAAGUUGGGAGAGUGUGUGUUCUUAUGGCAUUCCCUAAAAGGAAGGUUAGGGAGCUUGUCAUGAAAGAACUGCAAAUGCCUUGGCUAGAAAACUAAUGUAAUAGAAUGACACAACUGUUUUAAUUGCAUAGUGGAGGUUGCUUACAUAUAAUAUAGUUCCAUUUGCUACUA